GCACGCAAAGCUGAAGAGAUGCGCAAAGCAAAAGAAUCGCGCUUGGCUGAAGAAGCGCGUUUAGCACGUAAAGCUGAAGAAGACCGUUUGGAAGAAGAAGCUCGUUUAGCUGAACAAUUACGAAUGGAAGUAGAAGCUGCACAAAAAGCAGAAAAAUCUCGUCUUGCAGAAGAAAAACGCCUACGAGAAGAGGAAUUGAGUCGUUUAGCCGAAAUCGAGAAACAAGCUGCGGAAGAACAGGAAGCACGCCAAGAAUUACAUGCUGUACAGCCAGCAGAUGAAUCAAGUUUCUCAGGUUUAUAUAGCAUUGUUACAGCUGAAACUGUCAUGGAGCAACCGGAAAGAGCCAUCUCUGAAAUUAAACAGGAACCAAUAAUUGAAUUGUCCUCUCAUAUUGAGGCAAUAAAAUCUGAGGGUGAUGCCGUAGUGGCUCCGGAGGAAGAAGAUGCAGAAGAGUAUAAUAUAUCAAAUAUGUGUUCAAUAUGAUUACUUAGCUGAAUUUAUUUAGAGCAUAUUAAGACGUACCUAUUGUUCCUUCCUAACA